AUGGAAUCAACUAAUACAUCAAAUGUAACUGAACCAGAAAAACCGGUGUUUGAAGGAAAUCCAUUUAAAUGUCGAGUUGUUUUUACACGUGGAACAAAUCCUAGUGCAUUAACAAUAGUUAGUCCAAAAACAAAUUUAGCUAAAGGUGAUUUAUUUGUUAUAAGUUUAAAUGAUGAUGAUACACAAAAACUUGUUAUGCAAGUUGAUCGUCUUGAUGAUGAACGUUUAAUUCAAUCACCACAUCCAGAAAUUCACAUCGAUGAAUCGAUUAAGAAAACAUUUUCUGUUAUAAGUUUUAUGAUGAGCCAUUAUAUGGUACAAAAAAUAGCUGAUAAACAGCCAUUUUCUCUUUACUUAGUGGAAAUUCAAGUUAAAGAACAGUAUUUUAGUCGAGGUGAUAUGUGGCGUUUUGCACGUAAAUUACAUAAUACAACUGUUUAUUUAAAGAAGACAUUGGAUAUAUUCGGCAUGAGAGCUACUGUAUAUGGUUUAUGGAUUCCUGAACAUCCAUAUCGUGUAUCUUCCGGUUAUAUAACAAAAGAUACAAAAAUUGUAUUUCGUUCACUAAGUGCAUGUUGUACAAUAUUUUUACAAAUGUCAAAAGAAAUGUGGGAUUUUGAUCAUCAAGGUGAUACAUAUUAUGAAAAAGCUGUUGAUGGAUUUCUAUUUGAUUUAUUUACUCGAUGGAAGACAAUGAGUUGUCAACAUGAUGUAACAAUGACAUUAUUUUCUCGAGUAUUUUAUGAUGCGAAAUCUUUGGAUGAUUUUCCUGAAAGUUUAAGACGAGAUAUUAAUAAAGAUCAUCGAGGACGAUUUUAUGAAGAUUUCUAUCGUGUAAUCUAUCAGAAUGAACGUUAUGAUGAUUGGACACCACGUUUAGCUAAAAUCAAACAAGUACUUGUCAAUUAUAAAGAUGAUCUUGUUAAUUAUCAUAAAAAACAAUUAUCAAAAUCUGAAGCAGAUAAAAUGCCUAAUGGAACAAUAUCAUCUGCAGCUGAUGGAAAUUAUCUUGAGACAUUAAAUUUAUCAGCGAGUGUAUUUGAACGUCAUUUUAUUGAUCGUCCAUUUGAUCGUCUUGGUCAAAUGUCUUUAGUUAUAACACCUGGUGCUGGUGUAUUUGAAGUUGAUCGUGAAUUAACAAAUAUGACUAAACAACGUGUAUUAGAUAAUGGAAUUGGAAGUGAUCUUGUUUGCUUAGGUGAACAACCGUUAUUCGCUGUGCCAUUAUUUAAAUUUGUUAAAGCCGAUCUUAAUACAGCUGAUGAUUAUCAAAUACCACAUUGGAUGAAUUUAAGUUAUUAUCAUACGUCAACUGUAAAAACUUCAUUCAAACGUUUUAUUCCACGUUUAUCAUUUAAUCCAAAUAGAAUUAAGGGUGGAAUGUUAGAUGUUAAAAAUGUUAUGAAUUCAAUAACGGAAGAAUUAUUUUCAAAACCAGUACAUUUAUCUAUGGAAGAAUAUGAUGCUCAAGUAUUUCGAACAACAACAACAACAAAAGGAGCAACUGAACAAGCAUGUUUUGCAGAUAGAGUUGCUAAAGGUGAAGCUCGAAAAGCAAGACGGCGAAAUAUAACUAUGGGUCCUACACAUCCAGUACUUGUCGAAGAAGAAGAACCAUCACGAGAGCCUACUGGAAUGUUAAUUAUUAAUAAUAAAAUAGCUGGAAUAAAUGAAGAUCUACGUAUAUUUAAUACAAAUAUUAAAGAUGAUAUUGUCCUUUCAACAUCACAUGCAACAUCAGCUAAUAUAUCGGGAUAUCUUUCAUAUAAUAAUGCAUAUAAUCAAUCACCACAAGUUUUAUUUUAUCCACAAAGUUUUUCACGUGCUGCAGCACAAAGUGCUGAUACAUAUUUUCUAACAUCACAUUUAUAUGCUCGUAUGCAACCACGACCAAAAGCUUUAACAAAUCCAUUUGCACCAGCUAGUAUACGUAUACCAAUGGUACCUGGUCGACGUCGAUGGGCACAUACAUUUCCAAUAGGUCCAAAUAAAAUCCCAUGGCAUUUUCAUCAUUUACGUGAAAGAGAAAAUGCAGUAAAACGUGAAAUAAUUGCUUCUAUUACUACAUGUGCUCAUCUUGUACUUCCGGGUACAUCCAAACGAAUUACAAAUAGUUUAAAAUCAAAACGAAUAAAUCAACAUUCAAAAACAACUAGUGAAAUUUCAUCUCGACCUAAACGUAUUGUUAGUCCAUCAAAUUUUGAAAUGAGACGUGAUACUAUUGAACGUAAAGAUAGUUUUAUUGAUGAUAAUCGAACUAAUGUGACGAAUGUAAACACAAAAAAAUCGAAUGCUGAUAGUUCAAGUAAACCAAAAAAAGAAAAAAGUGAAGCUAUUAUAUGGGGACCUACUGGUGUUGAACCAUGGAGUGCAUCAAUGAUUACUGGUAUUGAUUGGAAAUCUUUAUCAAUACCAGCUUCUCUUCCAACUACAUUUGAUGUUGCACCAUUAGAAGAAUAUUUGAAACAUGAUUAUACAUAUAAUUCCUAUCAACUUCUUGCUAUUUUACCACCAUUAACUGAUUUUGAACGAAAACGAAAACAUGUACAUACUGGAAGCGGAAAUCAAGAAAAAUUAAUUCUAUCGGAUCCAUUGGAACGACACAAAUUAGUAUUUGAUGAAUUAAUUGAUCAUCGUUUAUCACAAGGUUUUCAAGUCAUUAUGGAAAUUCCACCGCAUAUUGAAAAAUUAAUGAUUGAAAAAAUUCGACUUGUUGGUCAUAAACCAACUGAUUGUAAUCGUCUAUUAAAUAUUGGUCGAAUAUAUCAUACAAUAAGUCUUAUAACUGAAGAAAAUCGCUCACAAGAUACUGUUGUUAUAACUGUUCAACAAUUUAAACCUCAAUAUGUUUUUCAACCUAAACCCGUACAUUAUAAAUAUCGUUAUCAAUGUCCUGAUUCAUCUUAUUAUGAUCCAGCUAAAUAUGAUUUACAAAUUGAAAGUUUAGAAUCAGUUGGAUGGAAUAUUUUGGAUGAUAUUGUAUGUACACAUGGAACUGGCGGUUAUAAACUAUCUGAUACAAUGAAAUAUUGGCGUACUCGUCUUGUACUUAUGCCUGUUUCAAGAGAUUAUACAAUAAAAAAUAUUGAAUCUGGUCAAACAAAAUGUGAUAGUCGUCAAGAAAUGUCACAUGAAGAUUUUUUUCUUUAUAUUGAACAUUUUAUUCGAUUUUUAGUUAUGCUUAAUAAACUUACACAUAUACGUACAGGAUCAAAUGAAUUUUUUCAUCGACCUCUUGAUCCAUUAACUAAUACCAAACGAAUCGAUUGUCAUAAACGUCCAGCAAAACAUUCAACAUCAUGUAAAACAUUUAAACUUACCGAUAUUAUCUCAGAAAAUACAAGCUCAAUUAAUAGUUUCUUAGCUUUAUUACGUGAUGAACAACAAGGCUUACCAUUCGUAAAAGAUUCUAUAUUACCUGAAUAUUCGUUUAUUGCAAUUGAAGCUAUAUGGUGGUCUAUGGAACAUUGUGAAGAUAUACAAGAUGAAAAAACAGCUUUAUUAUUAUUUCGAACAUUAUGUGAACGUGGUUAUAUUCGACAUUGUACAUGCACAGAAGAUUUAUUUCGUUUUGGUUUUUUUCUUUAUUUUAUCGUGACAGAUAAAACAAGAAACUUUCGUCUUGAUUCAAAUGAUUAUGCUGAAGUUGAAUUUCAUCAAACACAAAAUUAUAUUCCAUCAAUGGAUUAUUUAGGUUUUGGUGAAUGUAAACCAAUGCGUUUAUUACCGAAAUUAAUUGAUAAUCCACAAUCAAUACCUCGAACUACUCGAUUAGGAGCAUCAAAUGUAAAUGGAAAUAUAAAUUUCACUACUGUAAAUGGAAAUAUAAGUUCUACGAAUAUAAAUGGGAAUAUAAAUUUUACCACUGUUGAUGGAAAUAUAAGUUCUACGAAUGUAAAUGAAAAUAUAAAUUCUACCAAUGUAAAUAAUACCACUGAAGAUGAUCUGUUAAUAAAACAAGAAGUACCAUCAAUAAUAUUAAAACGUAGUUGUAAUGUUGAUGUUGAUCCAAAACAUAUUUCUGAUAGACGUGAAUGGGCAGUAGCACAGCAUCAUGCAUAUUAUAAUCCACAUUGUUUAUUUGAACUUGAAAUACGUUGGCUUGUUUCAACUUCAUGUAUACUUGGAGAUUUAAUUACUAAUUGGUCACAACGUACAGGAACAAUACUUGAUUCAAAUCAUGUAGCAUUUCAUCUUAUUCCUAUUCCAUGUGAUCCAUUUGCUGAAUUUGAUCCAUUACGAGGACCUAUUUAUAUCAAAAUGGAAACAUCAUGUCUUAGUGAUAAAUUAGCUGAUCUUCCUGAAGAAGAUAGAGUUCUUCAAUUAAAUAUUUUUCAAGAACUUAUUGUAAAACGUUAUGGUUUUAUUUUAAAUGCUUGUGUAAGUUAUAAAGAUGAGAAUAUCUAUUAUGUUCAUAUAAGUGGUGGUAUGCUUGUUUAUAUACUAUCUGACGUAUACAAUGUACAUUGUAAUCGUCGAUCAAUACGUGUUGCAUCCAGUGGAACUGGUGAUGGUCAAUCAUCACCACUUGAUUGUGGCUUUUAUUGGUGUUGGAAUUUUUGUUUAGGUAAAAGAUGGCGAAGUUCUCAAACCGGUGAAGAAAAAUAUCAAGAUAUUAUGUUAGCUGAUUUUCGUGCAUUUUGUGCAAAUGACAAAAAUCGUUUAGUCAAUUUUUGGAAUGAAGUCAAUAAAUUAGCAAACAAAGAAAUGGCUGAAAAACAACAAACACAAGAAAACUACGGUGAUAAUUAA